UCGGAAGCCGCUGGACCGCACCAGCUGCCCAAUCGACGUCGUCUCAGUUACAGAUGAACGUCCCGACCAGCCAAUUAAAGGAGAUGAACGAUCCACAUUUCCCACCUCUUCUUAACCUUUGCUGAGGAACGUCACCUCCCCCCACUGACGUCAGUCUUCUCAACCAAUGCUGUUAUCCUAAGGAGUUAAAGGGGGAGAGAAGGAUAAGUGGACAGAAGAAUGAUAUUGGGCGCAGUUCAAAGUAGGACGUCCGUCGGUCCUAGGAGACGAGCGGAGGAACGUUCUUCAGGGGCGGGGAAGAGAGGGAACGCCUUCCUGGGAUUGGUUUUGGAAAACCAUUUCCUCGUUUCCGAUUGGCUGCGAGCUCCCCUAUGCACGUUCUGUGAGUGGCUCAUUCCUUGCGCGGGCUCUGCUGUCUUCUGGCCAAUGGGUUGAGCCCCGUUUCGCUGUGGACGUUGCUGAAUUUGCUGCUGGCGCUCGGAGGCGUUGCGUGACCGAGGCUGCAGUUACAGCGUAGUAGGUCGUCGCGUGUGGUACCGCGGUUCUGAGAUUGGCUCAGUAUUUGCAAAGAAAUGGACUGGGAUCAACUUGACAUGAACCCCAGAGUGAUUGCGGCAAUUAAGAAAGCAAACAUAAAAUCUAUCAAAGAGAUUUUGAGUCUUUCCGGAGCAGAUUUGCAGAGGCUGACAAAACUAUCCAGUAUGGAUGUACAGUACCUUCUCAGAACAGUUUCUGGUGCAUUGAGAAAAAAUUCUGUCCUCACAGCACUUCAGUUAUUCCAAGACAAAAACCACAACACUUCCCAGCACCAGAGGCUAAGCCUGGGCUGCCCAGUUCUGGACAGCUUGCUACGAGGGGGCAUUCCCCGUACAGGAAUUACCGAAAUUUCUGGCAAAAGCUCUGUUGGGAAGACCCAAAUUGGUUUGCAGCUCUGCCUUUCUGUGCAAUAUCCGUACAAGUAUGGCGGACUUGAAUCUGGCGCUGUAUACAUUUGUACAGAAGAUGUUUUCCCAAAUAAGCGUCUGCAGCAACUGAUCGAGCAACAGCCCACAUUGAGGGAUUAUGUUCCACCUGACGUGGUGCAGAAAAUAAAAUUUGGAAAUGGUAUUUUUGUUGAGCAUGCAGCAGACCUGGACACUUUCCAUGAGUGUGUUACUCAGAGGAUUAACUUGCUGAUCUCCAGAGGCAUGGUGCGCCUGGUCAUUGUCGAUUCCAUUGCUGCCUUAUUCAGAUGCGAGUUUGGUGCUAAGGAUUCCGUCCUGAAAGCAAAAUAUUUGCAGAUGUUUGGAGCAAAACUUCGCAGGCUAAGCAGCAAGUUCCGGACCCCAAUAGUAUGCAUUAAUCAGGUCACUGACACAAUGGAUGAGAGAGGAGGUGCUGUUCAGAAUAGUCUUGGCUGCACAACCAAGAGUAUCGUUCCAGCACUUGGAAUAACUUGGUCCAAUCAGCUGUUGAUGAGGGUGAUGGCCAGCCGCACGAUAGACUUAUUACCAGCUUCUGAGGAUGCAUUACACAGUCAUGGAAGUGCAUUGCGGACGUUGAGGGUUAUAUUUGCUCCUCAUCUGCCCCAGUCGUUUUGCUACUACACAGUAAACUUGGAAGGUGUAAAAGGAAUAAAGGAGGAUAUGCCAAAUGUGUUUGCGAAGAAACCUGUGAAGCACUAAGUCUUUUCCUUCUUGAUUACUGGCAUGUUUAAAAAAAUCUCUGCAUUUAUUCAUGCCACAGUAUUACCCAAUUUAGCUGCUGCAUCGCCAUAGCAGAAUCAGCAGCAAACCUUCUAUCAUGUUACUUGGUCUGGACUGCAUUCCUGGUGAAAAGCUGGGAAAUGUCAACAAAACAAGGGAGAAAGUAUAGGACGAGACCAGCACCGUUUUAAAGUGAAUGCAGAGUUAAAGCUAGAGCGAAGAACUAUCGGAAUCCUUUGGAGAAUUAAUUCAUUAAAAUUUGUCAAGAGGAGCUCUAAUGAAUAACAGCCUGAAGCUAGCAAGCCUUAUAUUCUGUGGUUGUAAAGUAAGAAUGUCCUUUGGAUGUGUGGGGGGGGCGCGGGGAGAGAGAAAACAUUGACAGAAGUGUAUUUUUCCCUUCUGAAUCAAGUUCUCUUUGAAGCUGGACGUGAGAGGCAUCUAUAAUGGUUGUUUUAAAUGUCAGCAGCUUGGUUAAGUGUGUCUAGAUUAGUGUGCAGAUGCAACUCCCAUUGUCCCUGGCCACUGACUAAGCUGGCUGGGGAUGAUGGGAGUUAUAGCCCAAGAACAUCUAGAGAACCCAAGGUUGAAGAACACUGAUCUAGAUUGUAGUGUUGCGAUACCCAGCCUUGUAGAAAGUAGGCGGCAUCCAGUCUGCUGCUGUAAACCUAGAGGUGUAUAGGAGGCUGCUCACACAAUCUUGGGCCCUUCUCUGAGUUCUCCUGUCUUGGAUGUUAAGGUGGCAGAUUUUGGAGAGACUUGCUGUCCAUUCUGUUCACCCAAGCUUUUAAUACUUUUUCAUCUGCUUUUAAUGCUAAUUUAUAGAACAACAUAGACUACCCUGAA